AUGUCCUCAGCCAACGAAUCCACCAACGCUACGACCGUUGCCCUGUUCGGUGCGACAGGUGUCACCGGCUUAUUGACACUUCGCGCCCUCUUGUCGCGCGGAUACCGCGUACGCGCCUUUACUCGGUCGCCCAGCAAAAUCCCCGCAGACCUUUCGGAAUCCGACCUCUUAACGAUCAUCGUUGGCGAGCUGACGGAUGUGGAGAAGCUGCGGGAAACGUUGCUCGGCUCCAAUGCUGUAGUCAACAUGCUUGGACCCUACGCGGGUAAACACCCUGCGGGUCUACCGAUCACCAAAGGGAUGGAGACAGUGGUGAGACUCAUGGACGAGUUAAGCAUCAAACGAUACGUGGCGCUCUCCACCUGUGCCCUGCCGCAUCCUUCAGACCAUCUGAAUGCUGUGACACUGCUGGCCAGCAACAUCGCAAUCCGGAUAGUCGACCGCGAAGCAUGGGCCGAGUUCGUCGCCAUGGGCCAUCUCGUCUUCGCGCAACCGCAUCUGGAGUGGACGUUGCUUCGUGUCGGCGCCUUGGUGGGCUCGACCAUGAGCGACAAGCCGAAGAAGGGAAACGCCGGAUUUCCGGGCGACGGCACCACCCGUAUGUGGAUCAGGCGCGAGCAGCUCGCGUGGAGGGCGGUGGAGGCGCUCGAGAAGGGCGCUUGGAUUCGGGAGAUGCCUUACAUCAGUGCAUGA